CCCCUCCCCGAUCCCCAAUGGCCCCUCCCCGUCACGUGUCUCUCCCAGGUCACGUGCCGCGCGGUCACGUGCCGCGGCCGCCAUGCUGUCCCGGCUGCUGAAGGAGCACCAGGCCCGGCAGAGCGAGCGGCGCGAGCUGCAGGAGCGGCGCCGCAGGGACGCCAUCGCGGCCGCCACGCGCCUCACCGAGGCCUUGGUGGAUCACCUGAACGUGGGGGUGGCCCAGGCCUACGUGAACCAGCGCAAGCUGGACCAGGAGGUGAAGACGCUGCAGGUGCAGGCGGCGCAGUUCGCGCGCCAGACCGGCCAGUGGAUCGCCAUGGUGGAGAGCUUCAACCAGGCCCUCAAGGAGAUCGGGGACGUGGAGAACUGGGCCAGGAGCAUCGAGCUGGACAUGAGGACCAUCGCCACCGCCCUCGAGUACGUCUACAAGGGGCAGCUGCAGCCCUCCUGCUCCUGAGGGACCCCCCCAGGGACCCCCGGGACCCCCCAGCGCCGCCAGUCCCGGGGGUCUCCCCACCGUGCCCUCAGCACCCCGGCACGGGGAGCGAUGGGUUAAAGGGGGGAUGUGGAAUAAAGGGGGG